UUACAAAAACAAAAAAAAAAAAAAAAAAAAACAUUUGUGUUUACAAAUAUAUAAAGCAAAUACUUGUAAAAGAGCAUUGUGUGCAGUAUGAAGUGUCCUGCGAUGAAGGAGUGGGUCUCCGUUAUUGAAAUUAUAAUUGCGCUGCUGUGCCUGUUUGCCAUUCUGCUGCUGUCAUGUGUGAUCCCCUUCCCGGACGAUAUGCACAUGUUCUUGUACCAGUGCUCACUGGCCACAACAAUGGUGCUGUGCUUGAUCUUUGCCUUCAGCACUUGGUUCUACAGUUCCAACUACCCGAAAACGCGUUUUCACGUGCGCAUAUUUAUUGUUAUUGUGCUAUGGACGAUGUUUGUUUUUGGACUUAUCACCGCCAUCCUAUUUGAUAUGAAUUUCUUCGGGGAGUAUGUGUACGAGCAUUUCGAACGCGAUAUUUUCAAUAAAUCGGAGUAUUUGUUAUUGAAUAUUGGUAUGCUGUUGGGCAUCGUGGCGCUGUUUUUACUCUUUGUUGUCAAUAUAAUAUUAACUGUGGGCGUUUGUCGAAGAGCUAGAAAAAAUCGUCAAUAAAAUGAGUGCUACCAAUAAUAUGCAGUGUGUUCAAUUCAUGUGUCCAAGUGGGUUGUUUGACCACUAGCUGGAGUUUAGUGACCAGCGACUCCAUUCUUUCGAAGUAAAUGAAGUUUUUCUCCAAAAAUCCAGCAACUCUUCGGAAUCUACGUGAAAUUGGUUGCUCUCUACAUUUAUCGGAUAAGAAAGAAAGGUGCAGAACAGGAAUAAGUGGAAUAGCUCGUUCAAACACUUGUGACAGCUUCUUUGUAGAUUGCGAAAAGGUUUGAGUGGAAAUGACUUUGUUGUUUUUCUUGUAGCGGCAGAAAACAUUCCUGAAGUAAUGGCCUUAACCAGAAACCACCCUGCGAGAGAACGAUCUUCGUAGCGUUUAUGUCAAAAGCUUUUGGCACAGUCAGUCACACAACGCCACUUGAGGACAUCGAAAAAACUACGUUCCCUCCAGGACUGAAGAGGUGGAGCAUAAACUAUCUGAGCGGUCGUCACACCAUAUCUUCGCAAUCAAUCAUCCCUGCAGUCGCCUUCUUGGAGCGCAACUGCCUUCUAGGAGCAGCUAGAAGUCAUUCCUCAACUACGUCGACGACUGCAAACAAUACGCCGACCAGACUUCGGACGCAAUUAACUUCCUCUAAGCAUUGACCGCCUCACGGCGGAGCCAUCAAUACUUUCACCGACUGCCCCUCGCGUACUUGGAGUCAAACCACCAGCCAUUACAGACGAAGAGCUCGAGUUGCCGCUAGACAAUUGCGCAGCUACGGUCUUGAUACUGUAGCAGGUUAAACUUUUACUUAUCCAGAACAGGCCCCAAAAUACCUUAUAUAUGCCCUGCGUGCAAUGAGUAACUGCAUGAUACUGGCCACCUCUUUACAGGUCCCAAUGACCUUACUCAUCUGACACCCCUCUUCAUUUAAUCCGACCCCGCCGAAACAGCACGUUUCUUGGGCCUACCGUUGGAUGACGUUGACGACAACUUCUCUAAUCCUUACCGUCAUAACGGGGCUUAGGUGCACGUUACAACAACAACUACAAAAGUCUUGAAGUAAUUUCGAGGCUUGGUGCCGACUUGACAGCCCUUGGUCGGAUAAAAAUCCGGAUCCGUACCGGUUACUUAGAACCGACUGUCGUGGAAAGAGCGUCAAGUAACGUACCGAUGCCGCCUCAGCAAAUUUGUGGUCGGCUCGAAGCUUUCCGUCGAUACAUUUGGGUCCGUCAAUUCUCACCUAAGAUUUUUAGACAUCCCAAAGACCAGUGUUUCAGCUAUAUGAGCGGAAUCAUUAUCUCUUUUGAGAGAUCAAUCGGAUAACUAGGUCGCAUAAAAAUGAUAUUCUUAAAUAUCUUGUCGGUUGAAGAUAGAAGUUUUGAAAGUACUUACUUGUUUAUUAAGAAGAAGAGAAAUUUUGAAUCCACUGUAUCUUGUGACAAAAUGAGGCUGAUCGACUUUGCCGGGCUCCGUUAUUUUCACCAGAUGCAAGUAUGAAAAACUCAAGUCUGAACGUUUCCCAGGAUAUAUUUUGAAGACGAAUGAAAUAUAAGGCAUCGUUUUCGAGGGCUAUUUUUGUUGCUAUAGCUCUUAUCUAAACCAUGUUUGGUUGAAAACGAAGCCUUUUGUCGGCGAAAUCAUAUUGCGAGUGACCCAGGAAAUGAACAGUUUCGCCGGGAUCGGAUCAUAAAGGACAGGAUCCCAUCGGCGAAGCCAUAUAAGAAGUGGGCCUGGAAAUAAGCUGUUUCGCCGGGAUCGGAUCAUAAAGGACAGGGUCGCAUUUCAGGACUUAUGCUGGAUAUAUUGAGGUUUAGUCUGAGUAAACUUACCAUUUCUAGCGAAACAUUUCGUCAACUUCAGAGAUCUGUCGAAUGUAAAAUAAUUAUUGGACACAUUCGGCUACGGAAAAACUUAAACAAAUUUUCACGUGUGUUUAUUUAAAGUUUUACAUAAAAAUACAUUCCACACAAAAUAUUUAUAUUUGUUAAAAUUUUAUAUAUAUAUAUAUGUAUAUAUACAUACAUAGCAAAACAUGUAUAUAAUAGUCGAGUAUUUAUAAAAAAUGAUGACAGUACUUAUAUCAUUUUUAGUAAGUAUUUUUGGUUUGCUUUUGCAUUAAAUUCUUUCUCUUGCUGCAUUUUCG